CUGAAGCCAUUAAAGAAGUAGUAGAAGAGGAAGUCGACCUGGCUGUGGAAUGUACUGGUGCUGGGGGGACGCUGGACAUGGCCAUCAACGUCUGUCGUAUGGGAGGUCGGGUGGUGAUUCUGGGUAUCGGAGAAAACGUCAUGAACAUCCCCAUCAGAGCUGCGGCCUUGAGGGAGAUAGACCUCAUUGGGGCUCUCUGUAACAACAAUUUUCCAGAGGCAGUAAAGCUGGUGUCGGCUGGGAAAGUCAAGGUGCUUCCAUUGAUAUCACACGUUCUUCCACUGGAGCAAAUCAACGACGCCAUCAGCUUGGUCCGGGAGGGGAGACACUCCAUCAAGGUCAUGAUUGACUGCCAGAAUUAA